AUGCGCCAAACCUUCUGCUGCCGUCGGCUUAUACUUCCUCUCUAUAAUAUACAGCAAAAACCCCCGUUAACGUCUUUAUUUAAAACUUCUUUAGUUAUCCCUUUCAGAACUUCUUUUUGUGCUCUUUAUUCUUCAAAAAAAGCUUCUUUUUUACAUUUAUCUUCUCUUACUCAUUAUACACGACUUGCUCGUUGGGAUCGCCUUAUCGGUGCGUGGCUUUUAUAUUUGCCAGCAACAUGGUCGAUAGGAAUGGCAGCAUAUGCACAAUGUGUAGCACCUUAUGAGACUGUGCGUAUGCUUGUGCUGUUUGGUGCAGGAGCAGUGCUAAUGCGUGGAGCUGGAUGCACAGUAAAUGACUGGUGUGAUCGGGAGAUUGAUGCACGAGUAGCACGUACAGCACUGCGGCCGCUUGCAGCGGGUGUGCUUAGCAGCAGAGAAGCAAGUGUUUUUCUUGUGGCUCAGCUUGCAGCUGCAGCAGUGGUUCUUUCACAGCUCAAUUACAGCUGUUGGUUGUUGGGCGCUGCAUCGCUUGUGCCGGUUGCAAUUUAUCCGUUUAUGAAGCGGAUUACGUGGUACCCACAGGUUGUCCUUGGCUUUACAUUCAAUUGGGGGAUUUUAAUGGGUUGGCCUGCUCUUGUUGGCUGGGAUAAGGUUGUGUGGUCGGCGUGUCUGCCGUUAUAUGUGUCGGGUGUUUUAUGGACGAUUGUCUACGAUACGGUCUAUGCUCACCAGGAUAAGCAGGACGAUGCGUCUGCAGCGGUAUAUUCGAUGGCAUUGCUGUUGGGGAAAUACACAAAACCGUGUCUUUCUAUGCUUUCUGUAGCUCAGAUAUGUGCACUGAUGCUUUCUGGCUGUGGAACGAGUGCAGUUUACGCAUUUUGGAUGUUAUAUACAGUGGAUCUCGAUCAUCCUGGGAGUUGCUGGAAGUGGUUUGUUCGGAGCAAGUAUGCAGGCCUUUUGGUUGGCCUGGGAGCUCUUGUUGACUGGGCGGUGCGUCUCUGGUGGAUAUAG